CUCCGUGCGCUCCGUCGGGUGCUCCGCUCCGCACAGCUCCGCGCUGCUCUGCGGGAUGGGCCGGGACCACCGCGGGCGGCUCCCGGUUCUGCGGCUGCUGCUGGUGCUGCCGCUGCUGUGCGGGGCGGCGGGGCUGGGGCGCGGCUGCGCUCCCCGGCUGCUCCGCUUCUCCGGGCAGGUGCCCGAGAACAGCCCGGCAGGGACGCGGGUGCGGGGCUUGCGGAUGCCGCUGCGGCGGCUGCUGGGCCCUGGGGAGCCCGCUGGGGAGUGGGCGCUGGAGGGCGGCGGCGCCUGCCGCUUCUUCCUGCAGCGGCGGGCGGGGGGCGGGCGGGGGCUGCUGCUGCUCCGCACGGCCGAGCGCCUGGACCGGGAGGCGCAGCCCGCGUACGGGCUCCGGCUGCGCCGGCGGGCGGGACGGUGCCAGCGGCAGGCGCUGCUGCGGGUCCGGAUACUGGACCGCAACGACCACCGGCCGCGCCUGCACCCUGCCCGGCCGCGGGAGGUGGAGGAGCUGGCCCCGCUGGGCACGGAGGUGGCCCGGCUCCGCGCCUCCGACGGCGACGAGGGCUCCAACGCGCGCCUCACGUACGGGCCCUGGCCGCCGGGCGCCGGCAGCCGCCUGCUCUUCGUGGUGCCCCGCAGCGGGCAGGUGCUGACCGUGGGCUCGCUGCUGGGGCUGCGCCGCCUGCGCCUUUGCGUCGCGGCUCACGACCACGGCCGCCCGCGGCCGCUGCGCAGCCCCGCGCGGUGCCUGCGCCUCGCCGUGCGCGGCCGGCGGCCGGAGGGCGGCGGGAAGCGGCGGUGGGGGCGUUCGGUGCCGCUGCCCGAGCGGCCGCCAGGACCCGGCUCUCGGCGCUACACGGCCCGGCUGGCCCCCGGGGCGCGGGUGGGCGACGCCGUCUUCACCGUCCCGCGGAGCCUUGACCGGGCGGCGGGCGGCUGGUUCGAGCUGGCUUCGCCCGGCGCAACCCCCGUGGCUGUCGACAGGGCGUCGGGGCGGCUCUACCUGCGGCGGGAGCUGCGAGCCGGAGGCCGGGCGGAGGUGCUCGUCAAGGUGCACCGCGGCGGCGGAAGAGGUAGGGGAACGGGAAUGGGACCGCAUCUCCCCUGGGUGAAGACGGGCGGGGAAGGAGGGGGGGACGCUGAGCGGGCAUGGCCGUGCCGCUUGUCACCGGGGAGGUGCGGCAGCGGUGGGAUGUGGGGAGCCGCGGGGGCUGCCCCCAGUCUGGCCUGGGCGGUGUGGGGAUGUGCCGGAUCUUCUCCGGUCCCACCUGCUGCUAUUCCGCCUCCUGACUUCAGAGGAGCAGGUGAAAACGUGGGCAAUGGUGCUUUAGUUAUGUUGUCUUCCAAGAAUUCUUGUCGCAGCAGGUUUGUAGGACCAGGGGAAUUUGCUCAUGAGUUAAGAAGCAGUUAA